UACGGUAGGUCGUCAAUGGUAGGCCCAUGGUUUGUGGGAAGACCCAAUGAUAAAGGGAAAGCCGCUCCUUUAUAGCGGUUAUGUUAUGUUUUGUUAAUUUGUUAGUUGAUUUGAUGGUCUGUGAGUUGAUUAGUUCAGCGUCGAGAAAAAACAACUGGUACUGAACUGUAAAAUACCAGUAACUAUUAGUGAACUACCAUAAUUUGAAAAUGUCACAAUCAAAUAUUGAACAUGUAAAUUUGGCUGAUGAUAUCUCAACGUCCAUGGAGGAAAUUGCAAUCACAACAGCAAAUCCAAAUCCAACAAGCAAUGAACCAUCAGCUCUCGAUGAUGACCGCCUGCCAAGUUACAAUGUACCCGAGAAGAUUAUAAUUGUCUUAGAUCGUGGAUACGAUGAAAAUUGCACCAACUUUGAACUAACAUCAAAGAAAACCUACUCCCCUUUGUUCAUGUUGCAACACGCAUUGAAAAUAUUUUUGCAUAACAAAUCUCAAAUAAAUCCGGAACAUCAAUUUGCAAUUAUUCAAUUGGAUGAAUACUCGGCAACGUGGGUGCACGAUUUUACAAAUUCGAUACAAGAUAUAUUGGCAUCUGUACGAAGUAUCACUGAUAUCCCAUGCGAAACAGAAGAUAUAUUUGAUUUAAAUAAAGUGUUUGACAUACUAAUCGAUAAACUUGACCUUAGUUUUUCAUUGAAGAAUCCACCAAGUUGUGUUGUGCACAUAGUUCUAUUAUACGGUCGGUCUUAUUCUGUACCAAAACUAACGAAAACGGCUGAGGUAGAAAGACUUCUUAAUUCGUCAUACUGCACUGUUGACGUUGUAAUGACUCAUGAACCCCCCGAUUCUAGUAACAACUGCGAACAAAUUUUCAAAUGUCUUCAGUCGAUUGAUAUGAAAGGUUCCUCGUACGCGUUUUCAGUAUCUCGCAAUGCAUCAGACCUUCAUUGUGCUAUGGCGAAGAUUUUAUCACAUCCACUACAACGACCUCAUAAUGCAAAUGCGAGUGCAAAUACUAAUUAUAAUUUAAAUGUAAUAGAAACAAACUAAAUAACUUUGUGACAAUUCUUUGUUAUAUUAAUCAUACUAAUAAUAAAUUACCACCUAUUCUAUA